UUUCUAGUCAGUUGCCAGCGAGACAAAAAUUAGAACGGAAGCCGAGCGUAGCCGGGAGCGUGAGUAGCAAUCUAACCGCGUAUAAGCAUCUAUACAUGCUCGCCGGUAGUGAGAUAGACAUUUUUUUAUGUAAAAAGUUGCAGUUCGUGUGCCUCUCGAUGAUCCCUUACGAUCCGCGUGCCGUUUUUCGAUUGAAUCGAGCAGUAGCAAUCAGAGAGUGAUCAAAUUGUCGUUAAACCGCGAAGUGAUAAUUAAACUCGAGCGUACGCAGCAUGGCUGAGAGAAAGUCGAGAAUGGAUACGGCUCGCCUCGAGUCGUGGGCCUUCGACUCAUACAAGAAAUUGUGCCAGGCAAUUUUAAGCGACGAUACGCAGGAAGCCCUCAAAUUGUCCUCGUGCAUGCGAAGCAUGACGAUACAUCGACAGCAUCUCGUUUAUCAGUUCGUUUGGCAAAAACGGAACGCGGACCUGUUGGAGAUCUUCUCGCAAGAGGGCUUCAGAAGGAGCAACGACUUACAGAUAAGUACCGAAAUGUUCUACGGCAUGGCGGCGCAGUCUAUCCGCGACGGCAGAAGCGACCUGGCGGAAAUAAUCGUGAGCAACGUGAAGCUCCAUCCGCACGCGACCUACGCCUACAAUCCCAAGAGGCCCUCGUCGAGCCUCCUGUACACGGCAUACAAUGCCAAGGACAGGAACGACGAGCUGGUCGAUCUGCUGCUGCUCGAGGACUUUCCCCCGUGCCGGCUUCACGGGACGAGCCACAAUCAUCUGCACGUGGCGGUGCGCCGCAAGAACAUCGAGGCGGCCACGAAGCUCAUAAGCCGGGGCCAAAUAAUGAACGAGGUGGACGCGCGCGGCUCCACAGCGCUGCACCUCGCCGUGGCCGAGGACGACGACUCGAUGAUCUCGGUGCUGCUGGACGCCAGCGCCUGCGUCACGGACCAGAACGAGGACCUGGACUCGCCGCUGCAUAUGGCCUGGGACCGGCAGUCGCAGUACAUGGUCGACCAGCUGCUGCACCAGCACGUCGAGUGGCCGAGCAAUCCGUGCUCGCGCAAGGGCGUCACGCAUCUGCACAUCGCGUGCGCCAACAAUUGCGUGAACGCGAUCAAGGCCCUGCUGCUGCGGCCGGACAAUCGGUCGGACGUGAACAGGCCGGACGCCGAGGGUCUCACGCCGCUCCACUACGCCGUGGAGAACGACGCCCGCGACGCCGUGUAUUAUCUGCUCAACUACCCGGGCCGGGUGGGCCCGUGCGAGCCCCAGCUCGCGAGCGUCCGGCAGCUCGCCGAGGAUCUAGGCCGAGCCCGGAUAGCCUACAUGAUCGAGGAAUACGCGGCGAGCCAGCUCCGCAGCCGCAACGGCGGCGAAGAUCAUCCACCCUCGCGCGCACAGCUAGACAGCUACCUCGAGAUGCUCGACGAGGACUUUUUACCGGGCAACAACGGACUGCACAUGGCGGUGUAUCAGGCCAACGCCGAACUGGUCGACUACUACAUGGCCAACGCUCCCGAGUCGUUCAUCCACGCGCUGAGCAGAGAGAACCAGUCGCCGCUGCACAUCGCCUUCACGAGGUGGGUGCGCGGCUACGCGGAAUACGAGGAAAUAAUGCUGAGAAUAAUCGCGGGACUGGCCAGGAGGCGAAUCACCGACAACAUCGGGGCCCAGGGUGGCAUCUGCUACAUUCACAUACUCUGCGCGGCCGAUUCGCCGCAUAGCCUGGGCUUGGUUCAACAGAUGCUGGAGGAUGAUCCGGGGGCGCUGUGUCUCAGCACCGGCGACAACACGCAGCUCUUCUCCUGCUACACGGCGCUGCACAUGGCCAUCGAGUUCGAUCGGGUGGAGAUGGCGGAGCAUCUGUUCGACACCGGCUGCCGAAUCGGCUUCGAGAGGAACGAGCAGGGCCAGACGCCGCUCGACAUGAUACUCAGUCGUAUGUACUGGCACGGCUCGAUCGAGCGCCCGAGGUUCGACUACGUGCGACUCGUCGGGCUCUGCCUGGAGCAUCACGCCGAUUGGCCCGAGGACGACGUCGAGACCUACAACUUCACUCGGCUUCACAUGGCCGUCUUCGAGCAGAACCUGCACGCCGUGAAAGUCGGCCUGCUGUAUCAGCCCGAGGAGAUCGACGUGGCUAUCGACCGGAACUGCCGAUGCUUCGGUCGAUGCACUCCUCUGCAUCUGGCGGUACUCUCGCGCCAGUACGAGAUCGCGGAGCUGCUGGUCAAUCACGGCGCCGACGUCAAUGCCCGGGGUCUCGACUUGAAGACGCCGCUGCUUUUGGUCGCUGAUUACGCCAGACGACCAAUGGAAGGCGAGAGGUUGAGCGAAGUAAUACCAAGAUGGAUGAGGCUGUUUCUCGACGCCGGGGCAGACGUCAAUCUGACCAAUAUGAACAACGACACCGUGCUCAGCUUGGCUUGCAAAUACCCGUGGAAGGAUAACAUCCAAGGAGACGAGGCGAGGAUCUCGUUUCCGUCGCUGGACGAUGGUUAUGACUUCAACUUACUCAGCAUCGAGGCGCCUCACGCCCUAGGAGUAUCGCCUUUCGGCAGUCUCUUGAAUCAAGAAGAUCCCUGGAUGAAGGAGUGGAGGGCGCACAUCUGCAUGUACAUACUCGCCUACAGCAAGAUCGGAAUCGAGCAUCAUCCGAAAACCACGAGCUUUUACGAUCAAACGCUGCUGAGGGACGAUAACCUACGCUUCGAGCACGAUGCGCUGCUGAAAGACGCCGCCGAGCGAGAGACGCAAAAGAUGAAGGACAUCCGAUUGAACUCGACGAUGACGCUGGCCGACGUGGUGACGGCGCAUCCCAAUCAACUGUACUUCCUCGCAGGCAACGCGGUUUUCCAAACGAUCGUCAAGUCCGAGCACUUGGAAAGCGAGUUUCCAAUUUUCCACGGACACUUGAGAACGCGAAACAGGCACGCCGUGAUAAGGGCGAAGCUCGCCGAGAGAUUCGUAGAAAUGAUGAGACAGACGACUCAUCUGCCUGUAGAGAUAUGUUCGCAAAUUUCGGAUUACAUGUCGAAGAGAGAUUUUUUUAGAUUAAGGCUGGGCACAGUGGAUGAAUUUUCGAAUGUUUAACUGUGAUACUUUAGCUUUUAUUCAGCCGUAUGACGAAUUACGGCCAUCAGUUGUGUAAUCGUGUAAGUAAUUUAGCUUUACUUUAAAACGGUGCAAUUUUCAAUGCGAAAUUGAAUAACGAUGUGUAUAAUUUUAAAUUUUAAUUUAUAAUUAGUCGUCGUCAAAGACAAAUAUUAGCUACAAAAGUUUUAGUCGAGCCUAUUGAUAAUGGCAACGAUAUAUUACUUAAUCUAUACUUUAUACUCUAUACUCUAUACUUAUUUGUAUUUUCAUCUAUGCUUAUAUCUUGUACUAACUUAAAAGCUCCUAAACCUGCUAAUUAAAAACCUAUUUUUAUCUUA